AUGCCCUCCAGAACGCUCCCUACGUUUACUCGCGCCGAGGUCGAGUCGCAUAACACGGAAAGCUCCUGCUAUGUCACCAUCGGCACCAAGGUCUUCGACGUGACCGAUUUCCUGUCCGACCACCCCGGUGGUGGCCAGCUCAUUGUCGACUAUGCUGGCAAGGAUCUUGAGGACAUUUUGAAAGACAGCGUUUCGCACACGCACUCGGAGGCUGCAUAUGAGAUUCUCGAUGAUUCCCUCGUGGGCUUCGUCGUCCCCGAGAAGAGUGCAGCCGCCAAUGGAAAUGGCGCUUCCGAUGACAAGCCUUAUGUGCACCCAAGAACCGGCAUGGCCACCGAGGAGGAUCUCAGCAAGGACACGGACUACACUCAGGACUAUAAGAAGCACAAGUUUUUGGACCUGAGCAAGCCCUUGUUCCCACAGCUCUGGUACGGCAACUUCACCAAAGAGUUCUAUCUCGACCAAGUGCACCGUCCGCGCCAUUACAAGGGUGGCAAGUCUGCUCCUCUAUUUGGCAAUUUCCUAGAGCCUCUUUCGAAGACCCCUUGGUGGGUGAUUCCAGUUCUUUGGCUCCCCUGCGACGCGUACGGCUCUUUCCUGGCCUUCCAAGGCUUCAAGAACCCUGCCAUCUUUGCCGCGUACUGGGUCCUUGGCUUCUUCAUCUGGAGCCUCGUGGAAUACGGUCUGCACAGAUUCUUGUUCCACCUUGAUGGCUAUCUUCCUGACAACAAAUACGGCAUAAUUGCACACUUCUUGCUCCACGGCAUCCACCACUAUCUGCCUAUGGACAAGUACAGACUUGUCAUGCCUCCAACCAUGUUCUUGGUGCUCGCAACCCCCUUCUGGUAUCUCGCCCACACCCUCUUCGCCUACAACUGGUACGCUGCGACGGCAGUCUACUGUGGCGGCAUCUUUGGCUACAUCUGCUAUGACAUGACCCAUUACUUCCUUCACCAUGAGAACCUGCCUCUCUGGUACAAGGAGCUCAAGAAGUACCACCUGGAGCACCACUUCCUGGAGUACGACCUUGGCUUUGGCGUCACCACCAGAUUCUGGGACACUGUAUUUGGCACAGAGCUGAAGCCUACUCUGGUCAAGACUAAGUAA